AUGGAGCUUCAGGCAGUCUGGCGACUGCCGAUGGUCGAUCUGAUAGCAACGGCCGCCGUCUCGGGUCUAGUAGCGUGUGCGUGGAUGUGUUCGGGAUGGUUCGCUCUCUGGUAUCGGCAUCCCGGUCGAUGCUGUCAAAUGGCGGUCCAGAUUGAUGCUCUGACCAUCAAAGUUCCGUCCAUUUUGACAGGGACAGCCUGCUCGACAGCUGCAAACCCUGCUCUUGCCUUUUUUUUCCCUUGCCGUG